CCGUGUCACGGACACCCUGUUGCUGGAUGAAGCAUCUUAUUUGUUGAUGAUGAAGAGAAAUAUACAAUUAGUUCCUUGUCAUUGAUUUGUUUACUUAUUCAAUGCCAUUUAUACUUGAACAUUUGGAUUUGAUUACAUAGUGUAGUAGUUAUUUUAGUAAUUUGUUUAAAGUGGCUAUUUGUUUUAAAUACAUAUUUUUUAAGGUUGACUUGUACAGUGCUCAAGUCAAGUGUGGACUGGAGUUUUAGAUUUUCAUUUUGAUAAUGAAGAAAACAAGUAUAUGAGAAAACAAGUGGUGUUUCUUUGAUUUGUUUACAUAUUGUUUAUGUUUUGAAUGUUUGGAUUUGUAUAAUUUAAACCUGCACUGACUACUGUAACAUGUUCCAGAAAAAUAAGCUAUUUGUUCCUUUACUUGUGAAAAGUUGCACUUUUGCUAAGGCUUUGUGUUAUUUUAGGUUUAAUAAACACUGUUAAACAUUUUCAAAACUAUUUCAGUUUGUGUAGAACAGGACUAUCAAUGCUUUCUGAACAUAUGCAACACCGUUUAAAAAAUACCGCGAUAAUACCGAAAACCGUGAUAAUUUUGGUCACAAUAACCGUGAGGUUAAAUUUUCAUACCGUGACAACCCUAGUAGUAAUAAGGAAAAGAUUUGCUGUAGAACAAAGAUCAACACAGAUCAAGCAGCUCCUUCAGCCACUCGGAAAUGGAACCAAACUGAGAACAUUGAUGUACAAACUGGACUUUUACAAAUUGCCUUCUCACUCUUUUAACCUGUUGUUUAUUAUUAAAUUAGUAGAAUUUUCCCCUAAAUUGUUCAAAAUAGUCUGUACUGUAGAGGAUUAAAAACUUGAACUGUUUUAAAAACAUUCAAGAACUAAACCACAGAUGUAGCCUAUUCCAGAUUAGAUGCUGCAUACAAACAGUAACUGUUACACAGUGACUGAGAGGUUGGUUAAAUACCUAAAAGUAAAUAAACACAGCUUAAGAAACUAGUUCAUCCACCUGCUGCACCUGCUGAUUGAUUUUUCCAGUCUUUACUCGAACCACACCUCUCUGACUCAGCUUGUAGUGACUACACAUAGGACUGGUUCUCUGAAAAGUUGAUUAAAUACCACCUUUGUUUUUGUUCACUUUGAUACCAAACUCAUGGAGUUCUUAAGGGACGUGCCUCUGUAUUAUUGCCACAUGACGUCAUUCUAUAUAAGCAUUUGAUAUUGUAUGGCCAUUGCAUUACUGUCACACGGUUCUGUUGGUUUAAAAAAUAGGUUAGGAGUUCCACAGCGUCCUGCAGUGAGUCAUGUCCUUAUCCCGGCCGUGACUUCCAUUAUUAUACUUUGGAAGCAAAGUAAUGCCCUGAAAUAGGUCAGGCAGCCUCACUGUUAAUAAAUUAAACUGUCAACAUCUAUGGAGAAGUAAUAAGAGCAGCAUUGACUGUUACAUGAGGCAUCAGAUAACCAGUUUCAUGACAUUUAUUUUUUCUUAAAACCUCACGUUUUUCUCAUUAGGCAGCAGCUGUCCUGUUCCCUGCAGGAAAUAUUUAAAGUCACUGCUAAAACACUAAAAGGAGCUCUUGUGUUAUCCUAAUGAGCUCUGUGAUUUACUGUCUGAAAUGUGCUUUUGCAACCUGCUCCUUGGUUUGAUGCAGAAUUUUGUUGACAUUCACUCGUUUGAUUUCCUGUAAUUCAAUAGCAAUGGGUAAAACUAUUUGUGGGGCACAGAGCAGCAGAAACAUUAGUAGCAUAGCAGCAGCAGGAGUCCUGAGCGAAUGGGCCAACGCAGAUGUGACACUUUACCAGAGCUUCAGUCUAAAAUGCAGCACGUUGGACUGUCAUGCUUUUGUUUGUUUUUCUUUAUUUUCAGAAGAAAAAUGCUAAUUUGUCUGUUUUUUUUUUUUGGAGGCACAGUCGAGUUACGCUAGGCUUUUAUUAGAAUGCAAAGCUGAGGAAAAGGUUUUCCAAUUAUCUUUAGAGUAGCUUUGUUCUUCUUUAUUGGGCCGAGGAAUUUUAAAGGGGCUAAUGGUUCGGUUUGAAAGGUCAUGUGUUUGGGUCAUGUCUCCAAACAGAACCACUGGCCUGCUCUGACUAAAAGCUGAGAUCAGCCUGGAGAGGAAUGUAGCUUGUCACCAGAGCUAUUUUGGCAAUGCGCAGCUACUAAUGAUUGUGAUCACAGCGCAUGGAGCUGUUGCGUUUGCUCUCGUUUUUUUUUUCCACCAGCAAGUUUGAUCAUGUACGUCUCGCCAGCCCUACAGGGAUUAGUGAGUUGAACAAAUGUCACAUCAGCUCCGUUUGCAUUUUGCGUCAAGGAGAAGCAACACGGACCCCCUGUCGGAAAGCCUCAGCAGCCAAGGUGAAGAGAGUGGAGUCAGUCUGUCGGCUCAUGGCCCAGCGGAGAAUCUGGCGCACAGCUCUGUUCACUUGAAGGUGACUCCUCUGUCACCAGACGUUGCCAGCAGUCAGUGCUCUUCAGUGUUCAUACCCAGGGUUCACGCUGGAGGGUGUAAUAAGAAGAGCGUUUUGCAAAUUGCGCUGCAGCCCUGUGGGAAACUCGGUGGAAAACUGGAUUGCAGUUUAGAAGAUGGAGAACCAGGGGCUUGUGAAGUUGGAGCAGGUACCGGCUCUGACGGAGGUUCAUGCAACAGCAGCAUGGCCAGCGAUGCGGGGUACUGUAGCAGCAGCAGCAUCUUUGAGCCAGAGCUUCCAGAAAAGCACAGGACAAUCCAGGAGAGGACUCUGCUUUGUCGCAAGUCCAAGGUCCCGCUGCGACGAUGCUCCUCACUGAUUAUUAUUCCGAAGAGCCCAUGUAGCACUCCACCUGCUUCCCCAGGAUGUGCUGUGACUCCGUUUGCUUACCCACUGCCAAAGGGUACUAAUCAGUCACAUCUUCAGACGUCUUUCAGUGAUUUCUCCCAAGAGAAAGUAGGGGCGAGCUCCACUGUAGCAAGUGGACACCAAACAUCAAAACGAAGCUGCUCAUCUGAACUUAGGGACAUGAAACACAUGGUCCACUUUAAUAUUCCUCUACAGGAUGGAACAAAAUGCAAAUCAGAAGGCAAUAGCGCGUUGAUGGAGCUUCCGUCAGCCUCAGACAGACCUAAUCUUCACUCUAGCAGCGUGCUGCUGCAUUUUGCCCACCAGAAACCAACAGUAUCUACCAAGGGAGUUGUGGAAAUGGUUGCAGCCAACGAAGCUCACCACCAAGUUCACCUAUCUCAAAGGGAAAACAUCAAUCACAGAAAACUGUAUCGCAGUACCUCUGCUUGUUUGUUUUCUUCAUCCAAGCCAUCAGAGAAAAACGAUAAAAGCGGUUUGUCUGGAAAAGAUCAAAUCGGGCUUGGUGAAAAGCAUCGUGCCAUACAGAGGAGCUUUUCCCUCGAGGUGCCCUACCCUAACACUGGAAUUUCAUGCCACGUUUCUAACCCCGAGCUCUGCAGCCCUCGCUCCCCACAUGUGCACAUUCAUUUAUCCCCAUGCUACCCCGGAAGGUUGCGAAGCUCUGUUACAGAUGUUAAGAAUCACAAAGAAAGUAAUGCAGUAAAGGGUUCAGUUCAAAAUGACAAGACACGUGAUGAUUUCCUCGGGCAGGUGGAUGUCCCUUUAAAUCAGAUCCCAACAGAAAAUCCAAAUGCAGAAAGACCGUACACAUUUAAGGAUUUUCUGCUCCACCCACGAAGCCACAAGUCCAGGGUUAAAGGUCAUCUACGUCUCAAAAUGACCUACUUGCCAAAAAACUCAGGCUCAGAGGAAGAAGCAGCAGAUCAGACUGAGGAUUUAGAUCCUGGUUGGGAGCUGCUGGAAGCCCAUGACAUGGCAGGACCCAGACAAAGCCAGCUGCUGCCACCGCUGCCCCCUGGCUGGGAGGAGCGGCAGGACAACCUGGGAAGAAUCUACUUUGUAAAUCAUGAAAGAAGAAGCACUCAGUGGAAGCGACCCACAAUACAGAACGGGGAUGUGGAAGUUGUGAGAAGACCGAUCAAUAAUGUGGAUGCAGAGCAGGCGUUCCUAUCACGCAGGCAGAUCUCAGACCACGACGACAACACCACACAGGAGUUGCCAGAGAGCUGGGAGAUCAUCACAGAGGAUGAUUCCACCUCAAAUUACAGAAACGAUCAGCUCAGGUCACCAUCGCCCCGCGACCCUGUGGAGUUUAGGUUUGUCAGUAACGCUCACGCUCCACGGCCUUCAACUCGAGAACGAUGCUCCUCCCAGAUGAGUCAUUCAAACCAUUCCAGUCUCCGAGAAAGUGCCCAGGCUGCAGCUAGGGAGGAGCACCCUGCCAACUCUGUAUUCCUUCCAACCUCAUCCAACUUGCCUCAAGGCUGGGAGGAGAAGAAGGACAGCAAAGGAAGACGCUACUAUGUCAAUCACAACACCCGAACAACCACAUGGAUAGCACCUAUCCACCAGACAACGUCAGAGGCACCGUCAGCUGCUUCACAGACUGGAGCAGGCAUACUUCAGAGCCUGUCACCGCCCCAGACGCCUGUUAGGCCUGAUCUGUCUCCACAGCGCUCGCCAAACCGGGAGGCUACACCUGAAUCCGGCUCCUUACCAGUAGGCUGGGAAGUUCGCAGCGCUCCAAAUGGAAGGCCCUUUUUUAUUGAUCAUAACACAAAGAAAACUACCUGGGAUGAUCCCAGGUUUAAGGUUCCUGUGAACAUGAGGAAGGGGCUCUCGCUGGACCCCAAUGAUCUUGGCCCUCUGCCACCUGGUUGGGAAGAACGUGUCCACUCUGAUGGGAGAGUAUUCUACAUAGAUCACAACACCAGAAACACACAGUGGGAUGAUCCCAGAUUACAGAACUCAGCCAUAACUGGACCAGCAGUGCCGUACUCUCGAGAUUACAAACAGAAGUACGACUACUUCAAAAAGAAGCUGAAGAAGCCGGUUGACAUCCCGAACCGUUUUGAGAUGAAGCUGAGACGAAACGCGGUGCUGGAGGACUCGUACAGACGUAUCCUGGCGGUUAAAAAGACAGACCUGCUGAAGGCUCGUCUGUGGGUGGAGUUUGAUGGAGAGAAAGGGCUGGACUAUGGCGGAGUGGCCAGAGAGUGGUUCUUUCUCAUUUCUAAGGAGAUGUUCAACCCGUACUAUGGGCUGUUUGAAUAUUCUGCCACAGACAACUACACUCUUCAGAUUAACCCCAACUCAGGGUUAUGUAAUGAGGACCAUCUGUCCUACUUCAAGUUCAUCGGUCGUGUGGCGGGCAUGGCUGUGUUUCAUGGCAAACUCCUCGAUGCUUUCUUCAUUCGACCUUUCUACAAGAUGAUGCUGCAGAAGCCGAUCACCCUGCAGGACAUGGAGUCUGUUGACAGCGAGUAUUUAAACUCCCUGAAGUGGAUUUUGGUGAACGACCCAGAGGACUUGGACCUGAGGUUCACCAUCGAUGAAGAGCUGUUUGGAGAGACCCAUCAGCAUGACCUGAAACCAGACGGCUCUGAGAUUGUCGUGACCAACAUAAACAAGAAGGAAUAUAUUAACCUGGUGAUACAGUGGAGGUUUGUGAACAGAAUACAGAAGCAGAUGAUGGCUUUUAAGGAGGGAUUCUUCGAGCUGAUACCACAAGAUCUGAUCAAGAUCUUUGAUGAGAAUGAGCUUGAGCUGCUCAUGUGUGGCCUAGGAGACGUAGAUGUGAAAGACUGGAGGCAGAAUACCAAGUACAAGAAUGGCUACUGCGCCGAACACAUCGUGAUCCACUGGUUUUGGAAAACCGUACUGCUGAUGGAUGCAGAGAAGCGAAUUCGGCUUUUGCAGUUUGUGACGGGAACGUCCCGGGUCCCGAUGAACGGCUUUGCUGAACUUUAUGGGUCUAACGGGCCACAGCUGUUUACCAUUGAGCAAUGGGGUACACGUGAUAAACUUCCUAGAGCCCACACAUGCUUCAACCGUCUGGACCUUCCUCCUUACGAGUCAUUUGAGGAACUGAAGGAGAAGCUUAAUGUCGCCAUUGAGAAUACACAAGGCUUCGAUGGGGUGGAUUAGUGUGCACGCAAGGAAACAACAUUACUGUGGUCAGAAAAAAAGCCAGGCAGCAUGGCCUGGUGGAAAAAACAAGCUGUGCAUCUGAAGGGGAUUUUAACCCACCAGCUGUGUGACAGAUGAAGGAACCCUUACUUCUUUUCUCUGUUGGUGCUCACGUUAAAAACAGGAUGCAAAAAUCUGGAGUAACUGAGGUAUUUUUUGUCACUCCACGUCUUCUAAAAUCAGGUUUUCAUCAGGUUUUCAUUUUAUCUGAUUCUAGAUUGUUAGUCGCUCAAAGGUGUAUGUAUGUACUCGUUCUGCUAAAAUGCUUUGAAAUAGUAUAAAAAUAACUUUAUUCUGUGAAAUAAUGCAAAGCGAUACUGUGAAUCAAACUGAUUUAGAUGUCGUAAACAUUCGACCUUAAAUAAUCUGAUCUGAAUCAGAAUCACUCAACAUCAACAUCAUCAUAAAAUAAUAACAAUAAUAAUUAUUAAUAAUAUUAAUAAAAAUAACAUUAACAACAAUAAACAAACUGACAAAAGGGGCUAUGGGUUCAACUAAGACCCUCCAACAAGGUUGUCAAGGUUGAUAUAACAAUAAUUUUGACUAUAAAAGCAAACAGAAAUUUUCACAACAUUACAUAUACACAUCCAUGAUCUGAGCCUGCUAUUCCAUGUAGGGUCACAGGGGCUGGUGCCUGUCUCCAGCAGUCAAUGGGCAAGCAGGCGGCGUACACCCUGGACAGGUUGCCAGUCUAUCGCAGAGCAACACAAGAGACACGUGGGACAAUCAAUCAAGCACACACAAACACUCACACCUAAGGAUAAUUUUAGACAGACCAAUUAACCUGACAGUCAUAUUUUUGGACUCUGGGAGGAAGCAGAAGUACCCGGGGAGAACCCAUGCAUGCACAGGGAGAAACAUGCAGAAACCCUGGACCUUCUUGCUGCAAGGCAACAGCCCUAACAUACAUCCAUAAACACAGUUGAGCUAAAUUCUGGUCAUUCUGGAAGAUAUUUAUCAGUGAAAAAUGUCUUUGAUAGUGAGUUUUCCACAAUUUUAUUUUGAAAAUCUCAAUGACAGUGGUGUAUUUUAAAAUGGCUCAGAUGCGUUUUCUGUAUUUGAUCAUUCCUUUCUUUUAAAUAGAUGCAGAAGAGUCAAAAUCUAUGGACCUCAAAAGCAUUUAUUGCAGAAAAUCUACAAGUUGCAUACAGAUUUGAGCGACUUCUGUUAAACUCCAUGUGUCUGUGUAUGAAUAAAUCAUUAAAGUAGUGCUGCACCAGUAUCAGCACCAUCAGGACCAGUAAAAGGUAAAUUCAUUAUCCUGUAUCUAAUUUGUGUUUUGUGUUGUUGACCACUGAUAAUAAAUAACUGCAUGCAGUGUUAGAAUGUGCUGCAACACUGUGCACACUGUACAUACUGAUGUAAAAUAGACGAAUAUCACUUGAUUUGUCACUUUCUCUGAUAUUACAGAAAUACAUGUUGUAUAAGAAAAUAUAACUUCUACAGAUUUAUAAAGUAUUGGUUGGUAAAACUCUCAGAUUAGUCUAGCUAGUUAAACUGUAUCAUAUGAAUGAAAAAAUAAAGCUUAUUUCUCUUUCUGGGUAGCAGCAUUGCAUGAGCAUGAUCACACAAGCUGGCCUUAUACAUUUAAAUAGUUUUACUGCCUUUUGUCUGUUAGUUUGUUUUAUCUUGAAGUCAUUAAGGUGUCUAAUUGCAGCACUGUGCUCUGUUUUUUAAGAGUGCACUUUUGUUUUCCUUUUUUUUCAACAUGUGUACAGAGUAUAAUUCUCAAAAUGGGAACUUUUGUAAGCAGCUGUACUUUAGCAGUGGUUUUAACACUUUCUGAGCACUGAAACGUGUUUACACUAUCUGCCAUGUUUACAGAUCUGCGAGGGAGGAAGCUAACAGGGUUUCUGACAUCGCUCUUUUCUACUCAUGCCUUUUUAAAAAGAAGCACUUUGUUCAUAUUUUAACAAGUCUUACUUCUAAACUAAAUCUUUGCCAAUCUGUCACCUGCCGACAGCAUAAACCACUCUAUGAAAAUAUCAUCUUAUGCUAUAAGUGCACGUGUUUUAAUGUUUACAUGUGAGCCUGGCUUAAAAUAAGCACCUUUUUUAAAAAAGUGAAAUACCUAGGCCUUCGUUUGUAAUUUGUUGUAGAAUUUAACUGUACUAAUUGUUACAAUUUAUAAAAUGAACGUAUAACAGACGUAAUGUUUCUCUCCAAUGCUUCCUGAUGGGACAGGUUUUGUUAUUGCACCACCACAAAGUGCGUUACGGUAAUUAAAUAUACAAGUGACAAAACUGAUUCAUUCUUAAAUGUAAGACUUAUGGUAAAGCAGACUGAAUUAAAAUAUAUUUCCAAAAUAAAUGAUUAUUAGAACAA